CUAUGUAAACAAGAUUACUUCGAGUUUAUAAUUCAUGGUGUGAGGAUAAUCGCUUCAGUGUAAAACUAUAUGGUGGUAGUGUUGUAGGGAUGGACACGCGCCUCGCUUUGUUGCUUUUGGCGUCCGCGGCUAGUGGAACUCAUCUGAAAGAUGAAUACUAUUCAAUGCCUCCUCUGUUCCAACUCGAUGACUACGACACGUGUCUCGCAAAAAAUGGAGUUUUCUGUCUCGGCUCCUUUCAUCUCACUGUUCCUAAAGACAAUGGACAAAUUACCCCCAUAGACAGCCCAGAAAACGUUGGCUACUCACAUAUAGACUACAGAGGCAAGAAACUCUAUGAUAUCCUCCAGGCCAACUCCUAUGAGAAACAUCGCUUCAAUCAUACACUAAUCCAUCGCGGUCUAUGCUCAAGCUUGACCUGUUUUGGCAGGACCGAUGGCCAUCUAUCGAACCGUAAGAAAUUCCAGCAGUGUGUUAACGAUCUAAGCAGGUCUCAAUAUGGAUUAGACGCGACUCUGAUCCACCUGGAUUAUUGCAAGAACGCGCAGACACCGCGUCGCGUGCCGCCUGAUGUCGCCGACCAAGGAUUUUUCGUACUAUGCGCUGCGCUCCUUGUGGCCAAUCUUAUUGGAACUUUUUAUGACCUCUCCAGGAAUAAAGAUAAAAAAGCCAACCAGCUGCUGUUAUCAUGGUCUAUAAUCAAUAACUUCAAGAAGCUAUUUCACGUUUACCCCAAUGACGACACUCUUGUAUCCCGGUUCAACCCCAUACAUGGCUUCAAAUCAGUUUCCCUCAUCGUGGAGAUCUUAGCUCACUCGGUGAUUGUUUCACACAUCGGCUAUUUGCACAAUCCGGAAUUUUUGGAAACCCGACGGCUGCACCCACUGGCUAUGUUUCUUACAAAUGGCAGCAUCGGUGUGCAGGGCUAUAUAUUGCUAUCCAGCUUUCUCUUCAUCCACAACUUCCAAUUGAUGGAAUUACGUCACAAGAUCUCCAGCAUUCAACUUUUCUUCAUUAUGCUUCUACGAAGAGUGACCAGAAUAUUACCUGUAUACAUGUUCAUGGUGUAUUUCACGGCAACGUGGAGCCGAUUUCUGGGCGAUGGACCACUGUGGAUUCCGAUCAUGGAUAAGGAGGCUCAACUGUGCCGUCUCAAGUGGUGGUCUCACGCACUCUUCAUACACAACCUUUACCGCCCUAACGAUCGUUGUCUACUGCAAACAUGGUUCGUUGCAGUGGAUAUGCAGCUGUAUGCCUUAGCUAUUUUACUGGCAAUAUUGCUAACCAAUCGAAGGAGAGCAGCUAUUAAAAUACUUCUGGCUAUGUUCGUUGUCGCCAUUCUAUGUUUAUUCAUUGCUGCUUAUACAUACGACUUAACUGCUAUGGUGUUUAUUACGACCCCUGAGUUUGUGAGGAAAUUGUACCACGGAGAGCCGUCUUUUAACUGGUUGUAUGCCGCUCCUUGGGGAAGUUUGCCCGCCUCAUUGCUAGGCGUGAUGCUUGGAUUCCUAUAUUACAAUCUACGGGAAGACAAAAUCAAUUUGCAAAACUACCGAUGGUUCCGAGUACUAUACCGUAUCUCCAUAGUCGCCUGUUUUGCGUGGGUGCUAAGCGCGUAUCUGCUCCCGCAGAACCCGUCAUACCUUCUCUCUACGGUCUAUGCAGCUAUUGACAGACCUGUCUACGCCAUAUUAUUUAGUGUUAUGUUGUUCGGCUCUAUAUAUCGGAUUGAUCAAAUAUGGUGGCGCUUCAUGUCGUGGAGUGGUUGGCAGGUGUUCGGACGGAUGUCACUUUGUAUCUUUAUGAUUCAUUGGAGUUUUGACUUGCUGCAGAUAGGCUUACAAACCAAUACAAAUAAAAUAUCCAUCUUUGAAGUUGGUGGACACGUGUUUGUUACAAUAUUUAUGACCUUUAUUACUUCAAUCCCACUACACAUUAUGGUGGAAAAACCGAUUCAAAUGUUUUUGCGAGCAUCUUUAAAUAUUUAAUCAAUACUUCGGACUGAAUAAAAUAAGUUUGUAUUCGAACCAAUAUGUAAGAGAUUCGGAUUGUACAUACAAAGCUUAGUACAGUAUUUACUUACAAAACGUGAAUGCCAGAAACGAAAGCAGAAAAAACUUCAAAUAGUUUGUGUAGAUUUGACUUCUAUAAUUAUAAUAUACUAUAUUUUGUAUAAACUAUAUAAAUAAAAAAAGAAUCGCAAAAUAUGUUUCUAAGCUCAAAACUCGAAGGCGGCUGGAUUCGAGUAUUAUUUUUAUUUAUUCUAACUACUACCAGUUCGCGAGUCGUAGAGCGAACAAGGGAGCAAUAAUAAUAACAAACAAAUAAACUUUAAAAACAUGUUCUAGAGGGCGGCCUGAUCGCUACUCAGCAGUCAGUGCUGUCGUCUGCAUUGCAAUGAAUGCUAAGAUGUAAGAUAGUAGAACUUAAGAAUUGCUACGUUGCAGCAUAUCAUUGAUAUGCAGAAUAAAAAGAGUCGGAGAUAGAACACAAGGCCUUCCACAAGGUUCACCCCAGUGUUCACGGGUCUAAGAUCGGAACUUGCUUUGGCGAUGACAACUUUGGUGCUCCGAUCGGCGAGAAAGCAUAAUUCAGUUGCAUUAUAUUCUCGGAGAGCGUACGUUGUUCUGCGGAUAGCACGUUGCCGGAAUAUAAUUUCAGGAAUCGUAGUAACAAACUGGAAUAAUGUUUGUGUUGCCUUACUUUAGUCAUCCAAAGUAGUGGAGUUCGACGCAAAGAGACAGACACUGGUAAUGUAGAGAACAUUGCACUUUGACUUAUCCGGCUAGAGAAUAAAAAUAAAAAAAUGCACUUUGACUUUGCCUUAACGAUUUCCUCUUAGAAGGGCUGAGUGGUAUGCGUUUUACGUUCGCCGAUUGUCGCAUCAAGGGAUGUCGCCGCUUCUAAUAAUAUCUAUAAGGCCGCCUUGCAAGAACGUUAUAACCAAUUAUUACCAUAUAUGUAAGUUAAAAUAUUUGUUAGAUAUUAAUAUUAUAGCGUAAUAAAUAUAAGGUAAUAGUUAAUUGUUUUAUAGUUCCAGAAUAUUUAAGAUUUUUUUGUACGUUAUUAAACACUUGGGAGAUUUA